CACGUUGAGAACGGCAUGAUGCUGUGCCUCCCGAGGAAUUAAACGGCGACGAACAGAAUUCCCCCCCAAACAUUUCUUCGUCUCCUUCCGUGCAGUUAUGUCUCAUCGGCACUGUUGGACAGCGCGAUGCCAGAGCUUUCCGCGUAUCUGCUCCUUUCGCUCCUGCUGAUCUCCGCGGAGGAUGGGAACGUGAUUAGGGCGGAGGGCGCUCCGGUCCCCCCUGGCCCUACCCCACCGUCGGAGGACAAUGCCAGCGCAGUCGUUACAGAUGGAUCCCCCACCACACAGCCUGGUGAACAUCAAGUUCACACGUCGCCCGUUACCACACCAGCGCCACCUCUCUCGCUCCGGGUGUGGGUGAAGGAUGCCUCCAGCCAGCGCUCCCUGGGCGGGGCGUCGGUGGUGGUGUUUGUGGAGGGUGUGCGGGCGGUGUCUGCGGUAACAGGGGGUGAUGGAGAGGUCCUGAUGCAGGUGCCCUACGCCCUCGGACACGGCCUCAGCAUCGUAGCAACCAUGGACGGAUACCUGCACAGGCAGCUGCCGUGGAGGACCGCAAGGAUGCCCAUCUUCUCCUCGGUGACUCUGGCGCUGCAGCCGAUGACCCAGGCGAACAUCUGGCUCUUCGAGGACUCAGUGCUCAUCACACGGAAGACAUCUGAGUACCUGUCCCAGCCCAGUGUGCAGUUCCCCAAAAGCCUGCUGCAGCUUCCGGAACACAGCAACAUCUCCAUGGUUACGGCCUUCCUGACGGUGCCGCCCAUCGACAAGGACUGCCACCUGUGCACCACGGGACUCCUUAGCAACCGAUCAGGAGUCGUGCGCAGUUUGCGUCUGAGUCCGGUGGCGAUCGUCAGUACCCAGCUGCUUGCCAAUGGGAGAGAACUUCCUGUGAACGGGCCAAUCACCAUCACUGUUCCUCUGGGCCAUACCGGACAAUGGAGGCUGUCCGACUCCAUACACGCCUGGAAUUUUGACAACAACACAGGCACCUGGCUGCAUAAAGGAUUGGGUACGGUGAAGAAAGAUGGCAGUGCUCUCGUCUGGACCUAUGUGGCAAAUCAGCUGGGAGACUGGCUCGCUGCACCCAUCCCCCCAUCCAAUGGUUAUUCAGGACAUGGGCCAUCGCACCCGGACUCUCUGGCUUACCAGACGUACCUCCUGCUGGGCACUCUGGGUGCCACCCUGCUCAUCGCCAUUGGCCUACUGUCCCUGCUGCUCUGCCACUGCCGGCAUGCGUCUCGGCGUAAAAGGAGGCGUCGUCGCGGCUCGUCUAGAGUGAUCCUGCAGAAGGACCAGACCACCUCCACCAGUUGUGACGCUGCCGGCGACGAGGCAUCCUAUUCCCUAGCGGCCAUGGCGGGCCAGCGUUCCACCUCCAGCACCCCCCGGCACCAGGCCAGCUACAACAUCUACGUGGAUGACAUCACCGCCGGCCGGCCGUUUAAACUCUACGAGAACGUCGGAGAGAACGGCGCCGGGGGAGCGGACGGAGGCAAACCGCCAAUGCCGUCGGUGUAUGUGAACAGCGACGAGGUCGCGAGGCUGCGAGAGAUGUCCAACCUGGCAGGGGGCGGGGCCAGCAUUGCCAUGGACACUGCAGGGUUCCAGGAGAAGCUCUUCCACAUCUACAACCAGUCGGUGGCCAUCGUUCCGGCCCCGGAGCUUUUCGCCGGGCACCCGCCACUCUCGGCCCAUUUGGACGCCUCGGAAUGCCGGUCGGCCACGUUUCCAAGGAACGGAGCCGAGCACGGAACGCCAGCGGACCGGAAUCUGAAGGACAGCUUCACCCAGACGCUCCCCAAGAACGCCACGAACACGCAGCAGCAGCAGCAGCAGCAGGACAGCAGCAGCGACGGCAGCGGCAGCACUGAGCCGCCCCCACUAGAGGGCGCCCAGGGGCCGGUGUCGCUGACGUCGGCCAACCCGGGGGUCAGGGGACGCUACAGCCACCUCCUGGAGUCCGUCUCCGUGCCGGGAACGCUGAACGAGGCUGUCGGAAUGCGACCGUUCCGGUCUGAGCUACAGGGCAUCUCAGAGCAGACGCUGGUGGAGCUGUCCAAGGCCAAGCCGUCGUCCGGAGCCCACCCGCCCCGCGCCUGGUUCGUGUCUCUAGACGGCAAGCCCGCUGCACAUGUUCGCCACUCGGUCAUCGAGGUCCAGGGACUUCAGGGGCUCCAGGGACUCCAGGGACUCCCUGGUCUCCAGCACCACCAUCGCCACCGGCCCGGCAGCAGCAACGACACCAGCCUGGACUCGGGGGUGGACAUGAACGAACACCUGCAGCAGCAGCCUCUCUUGAGGGGCGGUCCCUCUGCCAUGGCCAGGGCUGGAGGAAUGGCCCAGCCCUUUCAGGAGGAGCCCGAUCUCAGCAGCAGCGAAGUGGGAAGCCCCGAUGACGGAUCCCUGAGGCACACCCUGGGCAGCAGCAGCGGCGCCACCGCCGCCAGCAGCAUCUCCGAGAGGGAGGAGAGGGACAUGGGGGACACCUCCAGCGAGUCCAGGGGGACCCCCCCGCCCCGGCGGCCUCGCAAGGUCCGGGAGAAGGGAGGCCGGCCAGAGAAAAAGAGCGGGAGGCAUGUGCAGACGAAACGUUGAGAGCUAAAAAGUUGCCAGACUGUAACAGGAACCAGGCUUGCUGCCGAUGACAUGAGCAUCUGUUUGUCAUCUCGGUGCCAUAUCAUGUCAGAAAGCAUUAUGAAUUUUAUAUCAAACGGUAACCACCAAAUUUAGUCUUUCUACACAUUUGGGAUGAUAUUUAUUAAAUAUGAAAUCAUAAACAGAUUGCGGAGGGAUAGAGAAGAGGACUUUGUGUCGUGUCUUUUUUGGGUUUUGCUGUCUGUCUCUGACAUGUGGUUCCACCCCUUUGAUCUCCAAGUGCGACUGCUCUUGUUACGAGAAGGCACAGGCCAAUCCAACCAUAGCUGCUUUUUUCAACAGUUCAAAAGCUCACUGUGCAAACCCACCAGCUGCAACACGGUGUGGUUCGCACAACAACCCAGCGGUUCCACUAAACACAUUUAUAUCCAAAAGCACACAAACCACAAACUGGGACACGGAGAAGGGGACUUUUCGUAAGAGUGAAGUCACUAAAGCGGUGAUUUGCCACAACAAACGGAGGGGACGGACUGCUGCCUUGUUACCAUGGUACUUGACAAGUUGUGCAUUCAGAGCUGGUUGCUGUCUAGGGUUUCUUUUGUCAUCAUGUCAUGUGACUCUUUGAUGCCCAGUUUGAUGUACAACAGACUUUUGUAAGCACGCUCAGCCCGCCUUGUAUCGAGAACCAGCUACGAUUUGCCUUUUGGUCUGUGCAAGUUUUUAACGGACUGACAACUUUUUAUGUCAUAGAGUCUCCUUGUUCGAGACAUUUAAGCUAGUGGUAGAACUGCAAGUACAAUUUGUUUGUGCCAAAUUCUCACUACCACAACUCACUUACUGCAAAAAAGCAACAAACAUGGUUAAUGCUUAAUUUUACUGUUCCUAUUAACACCAGUUAGGUACAGGAUGUAGCAACAUGUAACAGUCAGUACUUGCAGUGCACCAUAGGACGAGCAUUUGCAGUGGUACAGUGUAAGUACAUUAUAUCACGUUGUUACGUGUAGAUACACUAAAAAAUAAGGGACGUAAAAUAAGGUGUUUCCACAAAAACUAACACACAUUUAUUAACCCGUGUACCUAACACUUGCAGAAACUAGAAUUGUCUAUUUUAAUAUCUAUCUAGUCAAGCUCAACUGGAUUAUCCAGAAACUGCCACUCAGAUAGAGAGAACAAGAGAGCGAGAGAGAGAGAGAGAGAGAGAGAGAGAGAGAGAGAGAGAGAGAGAGUGAGAGAGGUCAAUGGAGAGGGUGAUAGAGACAGAGAGAGAGAGAGAGGGGUAGCAUAGAUAAUAAGUGAGGAUGAGAGAUAGCAGCAGAUAGUAUGAAAGAGCGUAGAGGCUCUGCAGGCCAUGACAGCCGAGUAGUAUCGAGCAGCAGAGGCCUGGUUUGUCAAACAAAACACUACGUUUAUCCGCAACUUACAGUGCGUAUGUGUGUAUAGCGGCUACGUUUGUCCGAAGCUUACAGUGAGUAUGUGUGUGUGUAUAGCGAUUGUACAAAAAAGUGCAUGCGUCGGCCGUGUUUGUCUGUGUAGCCUAUGCCUCGUUUACGAUGACGUGAGAGUGUUCGCAAGCGUGACUCGUCUCAGGUGAGACGCGUCGUCUCAACCCAAGGCCUUCACCAAAAAAUACAAAAAAGAAAACAAAAUCAACAAAAUACCCACUCAAUAUCCAAAUGGAGCUUCGCAAGUCAUCCGUUCUCAUGUACAUUUAGCGUGUCACCUCUUCUGUGCUAGUGGACAAAGUGAUUGUCAUGUGUGCCGUUUACUUUGCUUCAGAAAAAAGAUCAUCUAUUAUAUUAAGUACAAAUGUCUCAUUUUUAUGUUCACUAUAUGUACUAAACAUUAUCCAAAGCAAACCACAUUUAAAACCACUAUGAAAAAAGAACACCUAAUGCUAAGGCUGGCUGAAGAUGAUGCAUCAUCGGUGAAGGGACAAAAGUGAAAAUUCACACAUUUUUUUGAAGUUACACUCUAGACAAGGCAAGGCACGUUUAUUUGUGUAGCACUGCCAUACACAGAGAGACACAGUUCAGAUACACAGUUCAGUUCAUUGUACUGUCUUAAAAGUCUUGAACUAAAAGCCACCUCAUUUCCCUUGUCCCAUCUGAAAUACACACACACACCCACAAACACUCAAACACAAAUGCGUAGGCCUACUGCCUUAGUACAC